AUGGACGCCGAGCCAGCAGCCAAGCGCCCCCGCCUUUCGCAGGGCGAGCCCGCGCUCCUCGCCGGCGAGCCCACCGCCGACGCCGUCCUCCCCGCCGACGACGCACCGCCUGCGACGACCACCACCACGACCACGACCGACACGCUCCCGGACGAGGAGCACGCCGCACCGCCCUCGAGUGCAGCAGGCGCACACGCCAAGCCCCUCAGCGCCAUCUGGGCCGCCAAGUCGCCCUCGCCCCGCAAGAAGAAGCAGCCCGUGGACCUCAAGGGCAAGGGCAAGGCGCGCGCACCAGGGCACGGCCCCGAGGACGACGACAAGGAGAACUUUACGUCCUUGCUCGAGCGGCUCGAGGCAGAGACCUCGACCGGCGAGCAGGAAAAGUGGGGCCGUCCUGCCGCCCCCAAGCUCAACCCGCAGCGCGAUGGCUUUGUUUUCCAGCAGAUCGACCUCGAGGAGUACUCGGCCCCUGGAGCGGGCCCGACCAUUCGCGCGUUCGGCGUCAGCAAGGCCGGCCAUUCGGUGCUCCUGCACGUCAAGGGCUUCCUGCCGUACUUCUGGGUCGCGGCGCCCAAGGGCUUCACCAACUCGGACUGCGUCCCGUUCCUCGAGCACCUCAACCUCACGUUCUUCUUCACGGUGUCGGGCGAGCAGACGAGCUACUUCAACGGCACGCGCCCGAUCCGGUCCAUCACGCUCGCCAACAAGCGCAACCUGUGGGGCUACAAGGGCGAGGCCGUCGUCCCCUUCAUCAAGAUCACGACCGUCGACACCAAGAACUACCCCAAGGUCCGCAACGGCUUUGAGCGCGGCGAGGUGACGUACCGCGACUUCUUCGACGGCUCGUCGCUCCUCACGUUCGAGAGCAACAUUGCCUACACCCUGCGCUUCAUGAUCGACCACCACAUCGUCGGCAUGAACUGGCUCGAGAUCAAGGCCGGCGGGUGGCAGCACAAACGCGACAAGAUCUCGAGCUGCCAGUACGAGAUCGAGUGCGACCACUCGGCCCUCAUCUCGCACGAGGCGGUCGGCGACUGGUCCGGCGUCGCGCCGCUCCGCAUCCUGUCGUUCGACAUCGAGUGCGCAGGCCGCAAGGGCAUCUUUCCCGAGGCCGACAAGGACCCCGUCAUCCAGAUCGCCAACAUGGUCACUCGCCAAGGCGAGAGCAAGCCCUUCAUCCGCAACGUCUUUACGCUCAACACGUGCGCCCACAUCGUCGGGUCCGAGGUGCUCGAAUUUGAGCGCGAGAAGGACCUCCUGUCGCAGUGGCGCAAGUUUGUCGAGGAGGUCGACCCGGACCUCAUCAUCGGGUACAACACGAGCCAGUUCGACCUGCCGUACCUCAUGGACCGCGCAAAGGCGCUCAAGGUCACCGAGUUUCCCUACUUCAGCCGGCUCAAGGGCGUCAAGACCGAGGUCAAGGACACGCACUUCUCGAGCAAGGCGUACGGCACGCGCGACUCGAAGGAGACCAACAUGGACGGCCGGCUCCAGCUCGACAUCCUCCAGGUCAUGCAGCGCGACUACAAGCUGCGCUCGUACACGCUCAACUCGGUCUGUGCCCACUUCCUCGGCGAGCAGAAGGAGGACGUCCACCACUCGGUCAUCACGGACCUGCAGAACGGUAACGCCGAGUCGCGACGCCGUCUCGCCGUCUACUGCCUCAAGGACGCCUACCUGCCUCAACGCCUCAUGGACAAGCUCAUGUGCUUCAUCAACUACACCGAGAUGGCCCGCGUCACGGGCAUCCCGUUCAACUACCUCCUGUCGCGUGGCCAGCAGAUCAAGGUCAUCUCGCAGCUGUACCGCCAAGCGCUCAAGGUCGGCUACGUCGUGCCGGCGCUCAAGCAGGAAGGGUCGGACGAGCAGUACGAGGGCGCGACCGUGCUCGAGCCCGAGCAAGGGUACUACGACGUGCCGAUCGCGACGCUCGACUUUGCGAGCCUGUACCCGUCCAUCAUGCAGGCGCACAACCUGUGCUACACGACGCUCCUCGACGCCCGCAUCGCCCAGUCGCUCAACCUUGUCGAGGACGAGGACUACGUCCGCACGCCCAAUGGAGACCUCUUCGUCAAGGCCUCUCGUCGCAAGGGCCUCCUGCCGACCAUCCUCGAGGACCUGCUCGCCGCCCGCAAGCGUGCGCGCGCCGAGCUCAAGAACGAGACGGACCCGUUCAAGCGUGCCGUCCUCGACGGUCGUCAGCUCGCCCUCAAGGUCUCGGCCAACUCGGUGUACGGCUUCACGGGCGCGACGGUCGGCAAGCUGCCGUGCUUGCCCAUCUCGAUGUCGGUCACGGCGUACGGUCGCGAGAUGAUCGACCGGACGAAGCAGGAGGUGCAGGACCGGUACAACACCGCCAACGGCUACGACUACGACGCGACCGUCAUCUACGGCGACACCGACUCGGUCAUGGUGCGCUUUGGCUGCCCCGACCUCGAGACGGCUAUGAAGCUCGGUGCCGAGGCGGCCGACUUUGUCACGUCCAAGUUCGUCAAGCCGAUCAAGCUCGAGUUCGAGAAGGUCUACUUCCCGUACCUCCUCAUCAGCAAGAAGCGGUACGCCGGCCUGUACUGGACCCGGCCCGAGAAGUACGACAAGAUGGACACCAAGGGUAUCGAGACGGUCCGCCGCGACAACUGCCGCCUCGUCGUGACGGUCAUCGACACGUGCCUGCGCAAGAUGCUCAUCGAGCGCGACGUCAAGGGCGCCGAGGCGUACGCCAAGCAGGUCAUCUCGGACCUGCUCCAGAACAAGGUCGACCUGUCGCAGCUCGUCAUCACCAAGGCGCUCGCCAAGGCCGACUAUGCGGCCAAGCAGGCGCACGUCGAGCUCGCCGAGCGCAUGAAGAAGCGCGACGCUGGCUCGGCGCCGGCCAUGGGCGACCGAGUGGCCUACGUCAUCAUCAAGGGCACCAAGGACGCACGAGCGUACGAGAAGUCGGAGGACCCGCUCUACGUCCUCGAGAACAACAUCCCGAUCGACACCAAGUACUACCUCGAGAACCAGCUCUCGAAGCCGCUCAUGCGCAUCUUCGAGCCCAUCAUGGGCGAACGCGCAAGCUCUCUUCUCGCCGGCGACCACACGCGCACCGUCUCGAUCGUCGCACCGACCGUCGGCGGCCUCAUGAAGUUUGCCGUCAAGACCGUCACCUGCCUCGGGUGCAAGACGCCGCUCAAGCCGGGCACGCCGAACCAAGCUGUAUGCCACAACUGCCGCCCUCGCACGGCCGAGCUGCACCGUCGGCAGGUGACGCUCGCGGCGAGCGCCGAGACGGCCUUUGCGAGGCUGUGGACCCAGUGCCAGCGGUGCCAGGGCUCGCUCCACCAGGACGUCUUGUGCACGUCGAAGGACUGCCCGAUCUUCUACAUGCGGAAGAAGGCCCAGAAGGAGGCUGUCGAAGCGGUCGGGACGCUGCAGCGCUUCGACGGCGAGUGGUGAGCGGGCGUCUCUCGUUGUACUCGCUCGUGCCCUUGUCUUUGUACCAAGGCCGUCCCUCUCCCGCUUGCAUUGUAGCUCUGUCUCUC